AUGGAGAAAAAAGAUGAUCAAUUUGAAGAAUUUUUCCAAACAUUGCCCCAUAAGCAUGCAUGCGGCACUGUGUUUGCUAAAUACAAAGGCUUCUGGUUUGCUGCAGAUUUUCUUCAUGGCGUAAUAACGUUCCGCGACCACUUUGAGUCCCGAGAUUCAGACAUCAUCUUAGCUACCAUGCCUAAAUCAGGCACCACUUGGCUUAAAGCCCUAACCUUUAGCAUUAUUAACCGAAAAAAGUAUUCGGUUUUGACUAGCCCUUUGCUUUUCAACAACCCUCAUCUAAUUGUCCCUUUCUUUGAAGUUGAUCUAUACAAUGGUGGAAAAAUUCCUGACGUGAAAUCUAUCCCCAACCCACGAAUUUUCUCCACUCAUGUGCCAUUCCAGUGUCUUCCAAACACGAUUUUAAAUAAUCCGAGCUGUCGCAUUAUCUACCUUUGUAGAAACCCUUUGGAUGUAUUUACAUCCACAAUACAUUUUCAUUUACAAAAUGGUUUGUUUCCUCCAGGUCCGGAAUCCAUUAUCAUGGAUGGAGCUUUUGAAUCAUUUUGCAAGGGGAUAUUUCAAUAUGGUCGAUUUUGGGACCAUAUCUUAGAAUAUUGGGAAGCAAGCGUAAAGGAUCCAAAGAGAGUUCUGUUCUUGAAAUAUGAAGACCUUAAAAUGGAUAUCAAUUCUUGUGUGAAGAAAAUGGCUGAAUUUUUGGGAUGUGAAUUUUCACCACAAGAAGAGGAUGAAGGAUUGAUAGAAGAAAUAGUAACGCUUUGCAGCCUAAAAAGUUUGAAGAACUUGGAAUGUAACAAAAGUGGGGAGGCGUCAGGAAAGGAGAAGUCGGUUUGGGCGAAUUUCCUAACUCCUUCCAUGGCUGAACGUCUUGAAAGCUUGAUGAAAGAAAAGUUUGCCGGAUCUGGUCUGACUGUAAAUAUUCAUGGCUAA